UGUGAGUGGAAGCGUCCGCCGCUCCGCAGGAGGAUCCACGGUGGCGUCCUGACGUCCUGUCCGCUGCAAGGAAGUCCUACCCCUGCCUUCAAACCCUUCAAACCCUCUCCUCUCCACUGCCCUCCAGCCCUGCACUGACUCGCAAUGUCUGACGAACAUAAAGAGGCUAUGAACUUGUACACGGUUACCCUCAGCGGCCCAGCGCCGUGGGGCUUCAGGCUGCAGGGAGGCAAGGACUUCAGCAUGCCCCUCACUGUGUCAAGGCUUACACCGGGUGGAAAAGCAGCUCAGGCUGGGGUUGGGGUUGGAGACUGGGUAGUCUCCAUCUCUGAUGCCAGUGCUGAGGACAUGACCCACGUGGAGGCACAAAACAAGAUUAGAGCAGCAACAGACUCCCUCUCCCUCAGCCUCAGCAGAGCUUUCAAAGAAGAAGACCGCAAGGAUUCGCUUACUGCAGCUUCUGUUCAGCCAAAGUACUCCUUUGCCCCAAGCACAACCAUUAACAAGAUGGCGAGGCCGUUUACAGCAGGUGGUGGUAGUGCCAACUCAGGACCCGUUAUUAAACCCGUGUCCUACUCGCCUAAACUUAACACUCCGAGCUCACAGAGCCAUGCCGACACGCAACAGCCACAGAACGGCCUUGAGCCAACUCUCUCUUCUGCCAAGGACCAAACUGGAGAUAAACCAGAUGGUUCCAAGACCGCAGCAGCUGGCCGGUCGGGUCCGUCCUGCCGUCCGCCGUGGGUCACGGACUCCAACUUUGCUGAUCGCUUUCGCCCGGAUAAGACGAGCACCGUCGUGACUCAGCACCAGCAGCCGGCCCAGCCCACACCUAUGCAGAACCGCAGCUCUAUCCUGCAGGCGGCGCAGCAGGCACCCGAGGACGGCGGGAGGACCCCAGUAUGUGGUGCCUGCAACAAAAUCAUCAGGGGUCGGUACCUGGUCGCACUGGGACGUUCGUGGCACCCAGAAGAGUUUACGUGCUCACAGUGUAAGGUGGUCCUGGAGGAGGGGGGCUUCUUUGAGGAAAGGGGGGCCGUCUACUGCACAAAGUGCCACGACAAUCGAUACGCUCCUAACUGUGCCAAGUGCAAGAAGAUGAUCACUGGGGAAAUCAUGCAUGCCCUGAAGAUGACCUACCAUGUUCAGUGUUUCAAGUGUGCAGCCUGCAAAAAUCCCAUCAGGAACCAAGCCUUUUACAUGGAGGAGGGUGAGCCUUACUGUGAGAGAGACUACGAGAAGAUGUUUGGCACCAAAUGCCACGGCUGUGACUUUAAGAUUGAUGCAGGCGAUCGCUUUCUGGAGGCCUUGGGCUACAGCUGGCAUGACACGUGCUUCGUCUGUGCUCUCUGCCAAAUCAACUUGGAGGGGAAGACUUUCUUCUCGAAGAAGGAUAAGCCCCUGUGCAAAAGCCAUGCUUUUGCUCCAGUGUGAGGGAGCCAGCUGCAUCUUCAGAGGAAGGAGAACUUCCUCCACCUACUUGUUACCCCUUUCUAGCCUCUUACACGUUCUGCAUCCCAUCAUCGCCAACCACACACUGUGUUCAGCCCCGUCUUUGAUCUAUCCUGCAGAUUUUGUGCACCCAAGUCUUAAUGUUAGCUUCAAGUAUCGUCACCUUACUGUGCUGUUCGGUCACUUCAGAGGUCACGGCCUGCAAUCACAAACUUUGUGCUGCAUAACAGGAAGUAAUCAAGGAAUGAUCCCAUUAUUACCUCUAAGUAAUUGGUUGUUUUUUUUGUUUAUUCCAUUUUUCUACCAAAAAGUCCCUCUUUUGAUCAUGUAGAUUUAAUUGUAGUUACUGAAGAAAUCUCACGUCUCUACAGUCCUCAUCCUCGUUCAUUUUUAGGUGACACCUAGUCGGUUUCAUCCUCACUGAGGUUGUUCGUCUCUGGUUUACACAUCGCAGUCAUGAUCCGCUGCCUCUCCAGCAGUCGGUGCAGGGAAGUGUCGGCCCCUGCAGGACCUGCGGCCGCUCACCGGCUCCCACUCCAGUGCCUUCCUACGUACCAGGAACCAGCUGAGGGGAAACGGGGCCGUCGCGUCUCUGCCUGUCCUGAAUGGACCCCCCCUCCCCUAAAACACAAAGUCCUGUACGCUUCACUUUGACUCUUGAUCAGAGCAUAAUCUGCAGUUGGAUGCAGACUUGUGGGGUUUUGGAGAGCAUGCUGUAAUGGUUUCAAAUCUUUCACAUUUCUGCAGUAAGGAGAUACUUUUUCUUUUUUUUUUUGAUGUCAGAAAGAAUUAAAUUAAAAUAUAUUUCUCAUGUUACUAUGAUAAUAGUGAUUGUUCCUUAGAGUACUUUACAAACCUGUAUGUUGUUUUUAUAACUGCU